AUGCAGACCAUCCAGACGAUAGAGACACAGUUUCCCUUGUUGCGAGAGAUCUUCCACCCUUCUCCUUUCAACCAUCAAGAAGGAGACAGAAGAAAGAGCAGCCUUACGAACCUCAUCAGAAAACAAACGCAGAAAGGGUCUGAAUCGAAGCCUCGGCCAUGUGCAGCUUUACCGGGUCGAGCUGAACAUCCCCGGUUUGGCCGGUCAUCCAGCAUCCCAGGAUGCGAGUCACCAAAUCAGUCUUAUCUCCGAAUGAGAAGAAGAAAUGAAGAAGGAGAGAGAGAAAAUGUAAAAGAGAAAGUUUCACCCCCCUUUGUGUCUUCCAUCAGAGCGUCACAAGUUACAUCAUCUCAACAGCUGCUCCAAGCUACAAAGAGAGAGAGUGAGGGAUUACAGUGUGAAGGACAGAAAAAGCCAGAGGGUGUGAAGCAUAAAUGGGAGGGAGAGACUAAGCAGCAGAGGCAGAAAGAGCAGGAGUGUCAGGCAGAGAAUACUCGCUCUCGGCAAGGGCUGAUCGCUAAAGGGGUUCACUUGCUGAGGAACAUGGGUAACCAGGAAGCCAAGCAAAAGAAGGCAGGUGCAUCCAGUUCAGAAUGCAUCACAGACAGGCAUGGAUUUGGUCCCAAAGAUGCUGAGGGAUCCAGAAAGAUAAAGAAGUCUCCGGACAAAGUCAAGAAAUCAUCUGCUGAUUUGGCUGAGAAGAAAUCCAAGACGGAGAACUCCAGGAGUUCCAUCUUUUCCAACAUCCAUAUCCGGAAGGGAUUUACCUGGAAGACUGGAUCCAGAAACAAUGUGGGGAUUACAGGAAAUAAUGGCGAAAGUGGUAGUGGUGAUGGGACCAUUUCAAAGGAGGAUCUAGAAAGCCUUACACCUGACAGUGAUCCAGAAAUGAGUAGGCAGAUUCUAGGAAGUACACAGUCAUCUGUGGAUAUGAAUGCGGAAGAUGGGAUGAGGGAAGGCAGCUGGUCUGGGUCUGAUACUGAUCUCUGCAGCUUCCAUUCCACCUCUGAGAAUCAAGAUAUGCUGACGGACAUCCAGAGGACCAUCAGACAGCAGCAGUUGGGCAAUGGAGUAGAGGGACCAAGUUGGAAAGAAGGAGGGCAACCUGAGGUCAUCCAUGAUGUGGAGAUUAGUGUAAAGAGUAAAAAUGAAUUUCAGGAAGAUGGGAAUUUGUCUUUAGUCUAUAUACCACAUAGAGUUCCUUCUUCCUUUGCUAAUUGUGGUGAUGGAAAAGCUGAAACCUCUCAAAAUAGACCAAGAAGCCAAAGUGUUCAGAGCCUUGGUGGUACAAAGAUACUGGCAACUGGCACCAAAACAGGAAGUGGCUUACACAAUCAGAAUCCUAUGAUGACGGAAAGCAGCCAGAGCAUUCAAACUAAUUUAAGCAAAGAAACCAGUAGCUCGAGCAUCUGGGACACUCCAACAACCAGCACGUCCUACGAGAGUGCCAAGGGGCAUCAGGACGAAGAUUCAUCUCUUUCAUCCCUAAUUGAUGACAGUCUCCAGGGAAACAACAGCCUGACUCAAAGUUUGGAUAUCAUUCUUGACUCUAUCAGUCAACUUAGUGAUUUCAGAGAUGACCCAGGAACAAUGGACAGGCAGGCAACUUUCAUGCUACAAAGGAGUAUCAGCACAGUGGAUAACAUUAUGGCACCUGUUAAGGAACCUGAUGUCUUCCUUGAGGAGACAAGGCCAAGCAGUAUUGCCCAGAAAAGGAGGGAAAGUACUGGGACUUUAGUUACCCCAGGGUUGUCAGAGACCAUUGUGGAUCAAGGCUCACAACAUAGCAAAACCUCAAGUCCUGGGGUCAAACUGUACCCCAUCAUCCAGCCGUCUUACGUGAAGACCACUACGAGGCAGUUGUCUUCUCCUCCACACUCACCCUAUGCCACUCCUGUUCAAAGCCCCGAGUGUUCACGCAAACUUAGCCAAGACCUUAGCUUGAGUCAGGGGUCACUCAGAACCGAGCGGUCGAAGACACACAGACAGCGCUCCUGUAGUAUUGCCAGCACAGCUGGUUUUGAUGGUAGCUGGUGUCAGGAUUUUGACGGGUGUCAUGAGCUUUUACGAAGAGAAAACCACACUUUCAGAAAUCAGCAAUCUUCUUGUUUUCAGGCAACUGCCAGAACCACAUUCCAAGAUGUAUUCCAAGAUGCUGAGAAGAUUUGUUCACGGUUUCUGGCUUUGGGAAUUCUUCAGCCAUUCGACGACUGCCUCAGAAGGUUUGUCACAGGAAGUGAUGUGGUCGACAGGUCCAGUUUUAAUACCAAGCCCACUGUUCCAGAUCGAAAUUCUAUACAAAUGGAUGAAUUGGAGAGAAUGAUCAAGGAGUUAAGAGAGAAAAUUCGAUAUCUGGAGCAAGACCACCGACCCCUGAACAUCCCCUCUGAGAUAUUGACAGGAACGGCAGAUGGUGUUAAUCUUGGUCAUGCGUUUACAAAAAUCAGUAAACGGAUGUCAUCUUACCAGUCGAGGUCAGUCCAAACCUCUCCGGUCGAGGAGGACUUCAAGUUUAUAGUGCCUUCAUCCGACCAGUCAGGAGCUUGUGAUUUAACUGACAGCACCACAUCAUCUGUGGUACAGUUACACAAAUGCCAAAUUUUACAACAGGAGGCCACAACACACAGCUUUCCACCUCCUCUACCUCCUAUUCUGAGUGGUCCAGCUGUAUCCUCAGAUUCUCCUCUUAUGGCCUCGACUUUGGGACCAACGGAGUCAGUAGUACCAGCUCCUCCAUAUCAACCGGCUUCUUGCCUCCUGACAACAUCUGUUAAACGUCUAGUGAAGGUCCCACCUCCUGCCUCACUUCUACUACUUUCAAGCAUUAGACCCCAACAACCACCAACUCCAACUCUUCCAGGCAUUAGACCCCCACCUCCACCACCUCUUCCAGGCUUUGUACCUCCACCUCCACCACCUCUUCCAGGCUGUGGACCUCCACCUCCACCACCUCUUCCAGGCUGUGGACCUCCAUCUCCACCACCUCUUCCAGGCUUUGUACCUCCACCUCCACCACCUCUUCCAGGCUGUGGACCUUUAAGUUCAUCACCUCUUUCAGGCUUUUUACCUCCACCUCCACCGCCUCUUCCAGGCUGUGGACCUCCACCUCCACCACCUCUUCCAGGCUGUGGACCUCCACCUCAACCACCUCUUCCAGGCUGUGGACCUCCACCUCCACCGCCACUUCCAGGCUGUGGACCUCCACCUCCACCGCCUCUUCCAGGCUGUGGACCUCCACCUCCACCACCUUCUCCUGGGUGUGGGCCUGUUCCUCCACCACCUCUCAGCUCGAUCUCAGGGGGUUCCUCUCAGGACUCUGUCCUUUUGAAGCCAGUCAUAGAGCCCCCACAACCUAUGAAGCCUUUAUACUGGACCAGAAUACAGCUACAUGCCAAAAAAGAACCAAACACACCCCUGGUAUGGGAGAAGGUGGAGGAGCCACAUGUUGACUUUGAAGAGUUUGUUGAGCUUUUUGCCAGACGUGCGGUGAAAGAGAAGAAGAAACCGAUCUCUGAUACCAUCUCCAAAUCCAAGACAAGACAGGUGGUGAAGAUUUUAAGUAAUAAGCGUUCCCAGGCUGUAGGAAUCCUGAUGUCCAGUCUACAUUUGGACAUGAAGGACAUUCAGCAUGCCGUCUUGAACAUGGACAACACUGUGGUGGACCUGGAGACGCUUCAGGCGCUGUAUGAAAAUCGAGCGCAGAAAGAGGAAAUGGAUCAGCUCGAGAGACACAUCAAGUCCAGCACGGAGAAAGAGGAGGCAAAACCACUAGACAAGCCUGAACAGUUCCUCCUGCAGCUGUCGGAGGUCCCCCAGUUCUCUGAGCGAGUUUUCUGCAUCCUGGUUCAGUCCACAUUCACUGAGAGCAUCAGCUCUGUACAGAGGAAGAUCAGCCUGCUGCAGAGAGUGUGUACGGCUCUGAGAUGGAGUAAAGGUGUGAUGCAGGUUCUCGGGCUGGUUCUCGCAUUGGGGAAUUUCAUGAACGGAGGGAACAGGAGUCGGGGACAAGCAGACGGCUUCACCCUCGAUGUCUUACCCAAGCUCAAAGAUGUUAAGAGCAGUGAUAAUUCCCGAAGUCUCCUGUCCUUCAUCGUUUCUUACUAUCUGCGACACUUUAACGAGAAUGCAGGCCAAGACACGUGUGUGUACCCUUUGCCGGAGCCGCAGGACUUUUUCCAGGCGUCGCAGAUGAAGUUUGACGACUUCCGGCGCGACCUGUGUAAACUACGCAAAGAUUUAAAUGCUUGUUCUGAGAAGACUGAGAAAGUGUGUGCUAUGUCCUCAGAUGAACAUCUACAACCCUUUAAGAACAAAAUGGAGGAGUUCAUUUGUCAGGCCAGAAUUGAGCUGGAGGCUCAGGACAAAGAGCUCACUGAAACACAGAAAAGCUUCCUGGAGCUGAGUGCAUUUUUCUCAGUCAAACCCAAAGGAGAAGAGAAGGAGGUUUCCCCAAACACGUUCUUCUCUGUGUGGGUCGAGUUCUCCUCUGACUUUAAAGACCUGUGGAAAAAAGAGAACAAACUUCUGCUGAAGGAACGGUUAAAUGCAGCCGAAGAGACGAUCAGACAAACACGAGAAAAAAACGCCUACAACAUCAAACCCAAACACGCCUCCGGGAUGAAAGCCAAACUGGGGCAGAAGAUCUGAAGAUUUGCGGUGCUGUUAAACAUUUUUUGCCCUCUUACACUCCUGAUUAAACGCAUGCCGAGCUAAAUCAUUAGCUGUUGAAAUGAAUCAGCACUCAAGCCAAACAGAAAUGAGAAACAUUGACCUGUGAAUCAGAGUCUAGACAUUUUAUAUCAACUAAAGUAGCAAUGAAAUAUGUUUAACUGUAUUAUUUCUCUGAGAAAACUGAGAAAGCAUGUCAUGUUUCGUUUCUGCUGAAAUUGUUAACUAGAAGUUUGCUAUUUAUGAUGAACAAUAAAAAUAUCUGGCAUAGUGUUGUGUUCAUAAAAUAAGGUGUUUUGUUUUACUCCAGUGUUUGGGUGUCUGUUGCUAAGCUAGUAGCUUUAAAGGUGGGGCCUCCGUUGUUUGAAAGCCAAUGUUGACAUAUAAAAUCACCAAAACAAACACGCCCCUAACCCAAACGGGUCCCACCCCUGUAUCGAUAGCUCCGCCCACACAUAUACGUAACCCAGGCA